AAUGGUAAUGAACAGUGCGUAUCAGUGCUUUGUGUAUUGUGUAUGCACCCAUGCUGUAGAGAAUAAGCGCGGGAAAAUAAUUUUCCCACGCUUUUCAUGGACAUUGUUGUUACGAGUUUGAAAGAAUAAGAGAAAUCAUGUCGAGCCCAGCACGAUCACCUGCUGAUAGUCCUCGUACAACUCCUCGACGUCAAUUACAGGGAAGAUCUCCUGCACGAUCGCCUGCGACAGAUGAUAGUCCACGUACAACUCCUCGUCGUCAAACACAAGGAACAAGAUCUCCUGCUUUUGGUACACCACGUACUGCUAGUCGUAAUGGGGUGGACAAUAAUGUGGAAACACCACUGCGAUGGGGUGUCGGUGGCGCACGACAAAAUGCUCUGGAUACUGCAAACCAGGUUGCCACUAUUCUCGCUUCUUCUGAGCGCGACAGCGCAGGAGGUCAUUCUCCAAGUUCUGGGCAAAUGAUUGGAUCAGAAAGUGGCUUGCAAUUGUCUUCUCCUGUCAAUUAUGGUACUCCCAGUUCCUUAGGUUCUAUUCGUACUCCGAGAAGUGGAAUUAGAGGCACUCCGAUUAGACACAGACCUGAUAUUAACACAGACAGACGUCUGCGUCAAGUUACGCUACAAGAACCAAUUCCAGAGGUACACAGAGCUCCAGGAACAUCGGAGAGCGAAGCAGCAGGGCCACACUUGGUUGUUUGGGGCACAAAUGUACUCAUAAGUCAAUGCAAGGAACAAUUCAAAUCGUUUUUCGAAAGAUUCAUCGACCCAGAGGCAGAGAAUGACGAAUUAUCCGAAAACAUAAAUUUAUCUGAACCAUUGUACCUCCAGAAAUUGGAGGAGAUACAUACCUUGGAAGAACCAUAUCUGAAUGUCAACUGUGCACACGUGAAAACUUACGACGAGCACCUCUAUCAACAACUAGUCUCUUAUCCUCAAGAAGUGAUACCGACUCUAGAUAUGGCAGCAAACGAGUUAUUCUUUGAAAAAUAUCCAGCAGCAGUUUUAGAACAUCAGAUUCAAGUGCGUCCCUUUAAUGUAGCCAAGCUCAAAACCAUGAGGGAAUUGAAUCCUUGCGAUGUCGAUCAAUUGAUCACAGUACCAGGAAUGGUGAUCAGAGUAUCGAGAUUAAUUCCACAAAUGCGAGAGGCUUUUUUCAAAUGUACCGUCUGUGCUUUCACAACUCUUGUUGAGAUCGAGAAGGGAAGGACAAAGGAGCCUACCGUGUGUGCACAUUGUACACACAAAUAUUCUUUCACUUUGGUGCACAAUCUAAGUCAUUUCUCUGAUAAACAAAUGAUCAAGUUACAAGAAGCCCCUGAUGAAAUGCCACAAGGACAAACUCCGCAUACUAUCGUUUUAUUCGCCCAUAGUAAUCUAGUAGAUGCAGUCAUGCCUGGAGAUAGGGUCUCCGUCACUGGAAUUUACAGAGCAGCCGCGCAUAAGCCUAAUUUUGAGCAUACUUUACAUGCCAUAUACAGAACAUACAUCGACGUGGUUCAUUUUAGAAAAUAUGACUCAAAACGGUUGCACGGGCAUGAAGAUGGCAAAGAACACAAUUUCACACCAGAAAGAAUUGAAAUAUUGAAGAUGUUAUCGCAGAAAGAAGAUAUUUACGAUCGAUUAGCGCAACAUGUAGCUCCCAGUAUUUAUGCAAACACUGAUGUGAAGAAGGGAAUUGUUUUGCAAUUAUUUGGUGGAACUAGAAAGUCUUCGACCAUAUAUGGAAAACACUUUCGACCUGAUAUAAAUAUAUUACUUUGCGGUGACCCUGGCACUAGUAAAUCGCAAUUGUUACAGUAUGUUUAUAAUUUGGUGCCACGAUCGCAAUACACUAGUGGAAAAGGCUCCAGCGCUGUUGGUCUAACAGCUUACGUAACAAAAGAUCCAGAAACCAGACAAUUGAUACUGCAGACAGGAGCAUUAGGACUCGCAGACAAUGGAAUAUGUUGCAUCGACGAGUUUGAUAAAAUGAACGAAAGCGCAAGAUCGGUAUUGCACGAAGUGAUGGAACAGCAAACAUUAAGCAUCGCCAAAGCUGGAAUUAUUUGUCAGUUGAAUGCUAGGACCAGCAUACUCGCUGCUGCUAAUCCAUGCGAGUCACAGUGGAAUAAAAACAGAACUGUGAUUGAAAACGUAAAGCUGCCCCACACCUUGCUCUCUCGAUUUGACUUAAUAUUUUUAAUGUUAGAUCCGCAAAAUGAUUCGUACGACAGCAAACUUGCCUCUCACAUGGUAGCCUUAUAUUACAAAGUGUCAGAAGAAGACGAGGAUGUGCAACUGAACAAAAGCAUCGUUCGCGAUUAUCUAAUUUUCGCAAAGGAACACAUUCAACCUGUUCUCAACGAGGAAAGUCAACAGAGACUGAUACAAGCUUACGUCGAUAUGAGAAGAGUUGGAAGAGGACGUGGACAAAUAACAGCGUACCCUAGGCAAUUGGAAUCUCUGAUAAGAUUGUCUGAGGCACACGCUAAAGUUAGACUGAGUCCUACCGUAGAGUUGCAGGACGUCGAAGAAGCUUGGAGAUUGCACCGAGAGGCCUUGAAACAAUCUGCUAUUGAUCCUCUGAGUGGCAAGAUAGAUAUAACUAUUUUGACUACUGGUAUAUCUUCGAUAGCUAGGAAGAAAAAGAAGGAGUUGUGUGACUCGAUACAGAAACUUAUUGAAAACAAGAAGAAGGGUCACAUAAUUAGUCAACAGAAACUGUUUAGUGAAAUUAGACAAUCUUCUGAAUUGAUGAUCACUAGGGACAUGUUCGAGGAUGCCUUGAGAGAGUUACAAGAUAAUGGAAUGUUAACAGUAAUUGGAAGAAGCAGCAUCCGUAUUUCUUAACUGUUUUUCACUCAAGUUUCAUUGUUUUUAUAAUUUAUAUGAUAUAACUAAGAAAUUUAUUCUUAUAUACAUGUAUUCUUUUUUAGAUAUUUAUACUGAUUACAACAAAAAUAAAUAACAGGAAUACCA